UCUCUCCUAGAGUUAUUUCCGGUGGUCUACUCUCUCUCUGCUUAUGUGUCCUUUCUUUUAUUGAGCCUCGAUCUGAGAUUUGAUUGUUUCGAAUUAAGAUCGGUGGCUUUCAAUUGAAGCCUUAAUAUAAGCAGAGAGCGUUGGUGUGGUUUAGCAUGGUUGGUGGGUCCAAUGGCUUACGGUUCAAAUCUGAAGCGGUAGAAAAUUCUGCCUUGUGUUCGGUGGUUCGGCUCCUGGAAGAGAUCUCGAUUUAGAUAGAUUGAAGCUCUUUGAAGAACGAGCACAAGGGUUUGUGUUGAAGACGAUGGAUUUCCCCUACCUUCCAACAUAGUCGUUGGAGGUUUCUUUCAUCGUGGUGGUCCCAGGUGAUUCUGGUGGUUCCGAUGAAGAUAAUGGAAAGUUGCAUGUGUUUCCCGGCGAGAUUCCGGCAAAACGCCUCGUGUUUCUCCAGAGGUGGAGAAGAGGAAAGUGAUGGUAACACGUGUUUCUCCUCGUUGUUGAGGUUUAAACACGUGUCUUUCGACUUGUCUGGUGAACCGGUGCAGCCAGGGUGGGCUUCUGUUGUUUUUUGGGCUUUGGCCUUAUCGGUUUCCUUUGUUUAGUUUGUUCUUUCGGUUGGGCUUUGGACUUCAUCUGUGGGCUUUUGUAUGGGCCUGUAUUUUGAACUUUACCUCUUUAAUAAUAAUACUCAGAUGGCAAAAAAAAAACCAACUUUUCAAAUUUUUGAAAGACGAUAUAAUAAAAACCAGUAGUAGAGAUGCAUGAUGAAACUAUCUUCUGUAUUUAUUGGUUAAUGAAACAUCUUAAUGUAAUAUUUAGUGUUAAAAAAAGAUGCAUGAUGAAACUAAAAUAACUAGACAAUAUACAGCAAUACCAACACUUGUUGAAAUUACAAUAGUUAAAUUGUUUGACCUUAAACUAGAAUAAAACACCCAACCUCCAACAUACUCUUUGACAAACUCGCCGAUGUAAAUUAGAAAGUAUAAGUUUGUAAAAUAAUCAAGAACAGAAGAAGAACGCAGAAAAAUAUAGAAGAUGAACACAAGUAAUUGUUUACCUAGAGUUCACCUAGAAUGGCAAGAGACAAUCCACUAUAAUCUUAAUCAAAAAGAUAUAAAACCCUUCUCUAUCUCUCAAGCUUACAAAUCAACUUGUUUUGUCAAGAGAUAAGAGAACACACGAGCUCCCCUUAUAUAGAAAGAGUCUAUUACAUUAACCUAGUUAGAUUAUGACAUUCACCCCUUUCGAUAAACCUAUUAGAAAUAUUUCCAAAAUACUUCCAACUUCCAUAAACCAUGAAAGUAAUAUUUCCAUAAUUCUAUCAACUUCCAUAACUCCAUAAAAGUGAUUUUUCUCUUUACUAAUAUUAUGUCGUUGUCUUGGUUUAAGUUAUGCAAUCUUGUUUGAUUUACAUCACCAAAUCCUGACAAAGUUCCUGGCGGAUUCCUUGACACUGUCUCUGACGCAGUCUUUGACGAAUCCCAACAAAUUUUAUCUUGAUACAUCAAACAUGAUCCACUACUUAGGUUAAGAAAACAUGUGCUUUGUCAGGCGAUGCCGAACGCUCCUCAGUAUUCGGACAUCCCAAGGAAGUUCACCGCUUCCUCAAACUUCUUUACCGGAACCACCUUGGUUAAUAUAUCAGCAGGAUUCUUAGAAGUAUGUAUCUUCUUCACACUUACAUCACCUUGAACGAUAAUAUCCCUGAUGAAGUGCAUCUUUCUGCUGAUGUGCUUAGUCCUCUCAUGAUACACAUUGUUCUUUGCUAGAACAAUACACUUUGAGAGUCACAUGAUAUCUCCACUGUGUCUUGCUUGAAUCCAAGCUCUUCCGCUAAUCCCCUUAACCACAUUCCUUCUUUAACCGCUUCAACCAGCGCCAUAUACUCCGCUUCAGUCGUUGAUAGAGCCACUACACUUUGUAAGCUUGAUCUCCAGUUGAUUGUAUUCCCACCAACCAUGAAAACAUAACCUAAGAUCGACCUUCUCUUGUCCAGAUCCGAAGUAAAAUCAGAAUCACAGAAACCUUCAACUCUAAACACCUCGUCUUCCUGAAGCACAUUUUCAGAUCUUGUGUUCCUUUCAAGUAUCUCAAUACCCACUUAACCGCAGUCCAAUAAACAAUCCCAUGAUUACUCAUAAACCUGCUAACCAACCCAAAUGCAUACGCCAGAUCACACCUCGUACCAAUCAUAGCAUACAUUAUGCUUCCAAUAGCAUUAGCAUAUGGAAUAUCAUCCAUACUUGUCUCUGCUUCAUCAUCAUCUAUAGAGAAUUUGAAAUGUACACCAACAGGCGUUGACACACUCUUUGACUCAUCCAUGUUGAAUACCCUGAGAAUCUUCCUGAUAUAACCAUAUUGAGAUAGUGUGAGAAUCUCCUUUUCACAAUUUCUCUCAAUAUCCAUUCUCAAAAUUUGUCUUGUUGGAUGAUAUAUUAACAUCAUUUGAAAUAAAUGAUAUAUUAUAUAAAAAUAUGUUAAUUUCAAAAUUUGCAGUGAAAAAUUAUUGAGAUCUUAAUAUUUUAGUUUUAAAAUUUGUAUUGAAAAAUCUCAUUAUGAUUAUCUGUUUAAAUUUUUGUUACAUCAAAUAUAUAAAUGUUAAAAAUCAUAUGAGUAGGAAGUGUCAAUAAUAAAUAUUUAUAUUAAAAUAUACAAUGUAUCUAUGUCAAUAUCACUAAAGUUUAAUUUAUACCAUAUAAAGUAAAUAAAUUGAUUAUUUUGAUUUAUUUACCAAAAACGCGAUUGUAAAUUAACAAAAUGUAUUGGUUUUGAUUUAUGUGCUUACUCUAAUGUAUAUACUCUUAUACAUACAAAUAAUUUUUUUAUUAGGUGGUUUCUAAUAUCUUAUUUGAUCUUGGCAAUCCCAGAAACACACUUCUUCAAAUCACAGUCAUUUUUAAUAUUGGAAACACUAUAUAUAUUAUUUCAUUGAGAUCAUGACAAUAUUCCAACCACCUCUUUUUGAGUUUGUUCGAAGAAUGAGAGAUUUGAUCAUUCGUCUAAUAUUUGUUUCUCUCUAAUACUCUAUCUAGCUAAGAAUGAGAGAUUUGAACUAUUUAUUAUUAAUUUUUUGGUUAAUCAUUUAAUAAAUCAAACAGUUCUUAGUUUUUACAUAGUUUACAUAUGCUAGAAUGGUAAAGAAUUAUAUAUAUAUAUAUAUAUAUAUUUAUAUUUAUACUCUUAAGUAACUAAACUUCAAAAGCGUAAGCUAAAAGUAAUUUGUUUUGUUGUUCUAAAGUUAGAUGAUUUUUAGAUGGAACUGGUGAAUAUAUACUAGAUAGAUAUUUAUAUUUCGAGUCUGCACUUAUAUUCUAUAACAGUUUGAUAUGUUAGAUUUGAACACUAACUUGUUAAUAUAGUUUACCGGUGAUUUUCUUCAAAAUUUUGAUUCUUAUAUAUCUAUCUGGAGUAGAAAUAAUUUUACAGAUGUCUAUUUUUAUAAAAUUGACAUUUAUGUAAUUCACCGAAUUCAUAGAAGACGUUAAAAAAAGAACUAAAUUCAUAUUAAUGAAACAGAGAUGAUAAUGGAAGCACAAUUUUAUAUAGGUAGAAAAUGAAAUCACUUAUAGAGAGUCAAUAGUAAACAAAUCAAGAGCAGAAAACAUAAUCCUCUUUCGUCAUUAUACAAUCGAUAUUGCCUAUUUUAUUUUGGUAAUUUGUGUCGAACGCAAAACUUAAUUUUAUUUUGUGCAUAUGAUGUCUUAAAAAUAAUUAAAUGAGUUGUAUUAGGUUAACUCUUCUACAACGAUGAUACAUUUAAGAUACCAACAUUUUUAUUCUUUAUUUUACAGUCGAUAAAAAUUGUAAUGUUCAAAAUGUUAAAAUCAUUUAAUGAACAAACAUUAUUAUAAAACUUCAGUCCGCACAUGCGCGCAUAUUAUCAUCUAGUUGUUAUUAAAAUAGAUUAUUGUCAAUAACAAUAUGUGUAGCCAAGGCUCACAUUAUAUCAUCAAUCAACAAUACCCAAAUAAUUCAGCAUAAGUAUGUCAAGUUUGUUUAUAUAAACGGCCUCCUAAAAUUUGUUAGAAAUCUAGAGAAAUCUAAUUAAAUGGAAAGUUAAUUAUAGACAAGGAUACAUAUAUCUGGUAACUUUUAAUUGAUUUAUUUGUUGUGAAAUUGUUUUCCACCUAAAACAUAAAAUUGGUAACAUAAAUCAUAGGGAAUUUACAUGAUUUAAUUGCCAGUUAUUCUUAGCUUAAACGAAGAUUGUCUUUAUAAAUUCUGGAAGUGAUUGGUAAAUGUUGUGGCUUUUAUUUUUUGAGUUUAGAAUAUAUGAUGUAAGUUUUUCUGCUGUAAUUGUAGAUUUUAUUGUUGUAGAUUUAUAUUAAUAACUUUCAAAUCACUGAAUAUAAAGUUUUAGAAAAAUUUAUUUCCAAAGCCAAUUUAAUUCCUAUUUUAAAUUUAGGGAUGUAGUUUUAAAUUAUUUUUUUAAAGUAUGAUUGGUUAAUUAAAUUGGCGGUAAAAAAAAUGAGCUGUAGAAAGUAUUCAUAGAACUUACCAAUCAUCCCCUAUAUGAUAAUUUAAUAUAGUAUUUUUAACAAUAAUGUAAUAUGGUAUCAAGGAUGAAUAUAUAUAUAUAUAUAUACACAAAGAUAUGGUAAUAAAAUCAAGCAGCAAAAGCAAAAGAAUCAUCCAAAUUUUUAUUACAUUCUGAAAAUAUACAAUUUUCUAGUUAAUGUAGAUACGUCACUGAAUAAAAAAGAUUGCUAUUAGCUUCUCAAAGUCAAAGAAAUGACAAAUAAAUAGCAAAUGUUUAUAAGCCAUAGCUUACCGGUAUACCUUUGAUAUACACUUCAACAGUUAACAUAAUUAAGAAAUGGCAUCAAAGAUCACAGUUAAUAUGGCAUCAAGGAUGAAUAUAUACAAAGAUAUGGUAAUAAAAUCAAGCAGCAAAAGCAAAAGAAUCAUCCAAAUUUUUAUUACAUUCUGAAAAUAUACAAUUUUCUAGUUAAUGUAGAUACGUCACUGAAUAAAAAAUAUUGCUACUAGCUUCCCAAAGUCAAAUAAAUGACAAAUAAAUAGCAAAUGUUUAUAGGCCAUAGCUUACCGGUAUACCUUUGAUAUACACUUCAACAGUUAACAUAAUUAAGAAAUGGCAUCAAAGAUCACGUUUGUCGUUCUUCUUGCUUUUGUUAUCGCUUGUGCAAUGACGAUGAGUGUUCCGAAAGCGGGAGCUCAGAUUUUUCUUCCAUGCAAAACAACAAAAGAUUGUGAAUACCUUCACUGCUCGAACGGGACACCUCUAUGCGUAAAUGGGCAAUGCCAAUGUACCAUUUUAUCAACUCAUGCGGCAAGACUUGACGACUUAAAAACGAAGAAGAAUAAUGCCAAGAAAUGCAAGUUGACGACAGACUGUGAUCCUCGUAUGAAAUUUACUUGUGUUUCGAGAUCUUAUAUGUGUUUUGAUGGUCUCUGUACCUGCACCAAUUAAUGCCAAUUAUUAUAAACAUUGCAUA